AUGGAAGACCCGAGCAGAGCGAGGUGGGACGCGAGAGAGUGCGAGAGGGUGCCGAGUAUGGGCGAGGUGGAGCUGAGGGAGUACGCCGAGAGGCUGAACAGGUACUUGUCGAUGAGGUCUUUUAUCGAGGGCUACGGGUGGAGCGAGAGGGACGAGUUGGUGUUCGUGGGGCUGACGCUGAACCCCCACUGGGGGGAGUUCAGGAGGGGGAAGUACGUGAAUUUGUUUCGGUGGUAUGGGCACUGUCGGGACAGCGACGAGUUUAUGGGCAGGGUGUCUGAGAAGUUGGAGGGGCGAGUGAGCGAGAGCAGGAAGGAGAAGAAGUGCGCGCUGAAGCCUUUGCCGGGGGCGGAGAUGGGGAGGGUGGUGACUAGGUUUCCGCCGGAGCCGUCGGGCUUUUUGCACAUAGGGCACUGCAAGGCGUUGUUGUUGAAUUACGAGUAUGCCAGGCAGUACCAGGGGAGGUUUUUGGUGCGCUUUGACGACACGAAUCCGAGCAAGGAGAGGGAGAGUUACGUGGAGGGCAUUUUGGAGGAUUUGGAGCAGCUCGAGAUCGCGCCGGACGCGGUGAGUUACACGAGUGAUUACUUUCCCUUGAUUAUGAGCAAGUGCGAGGAGUUGAUUCGCCGAGGCCUGGCAUACUGCGACGGGACGCCCGUGGAGGAGAUGCGUCGCCAGAAGGCGCAGAGGGUGGAGUCCGGUUACAGGUCGAGCACAGUGGAACAGAAUUUGGCCAUUUGGGAGCAAAUGAAGCUCGGCACGCCGGAGGGCAGGAUGUACGUCGUUCGCGCCAAAAUUGACAUGAACUCGCUCAACGGGACGCUCAGAGACCCUUCUCUUUACCGCGUGAACGUGGACGUGCCGCACAUUCGAACUGGGCGUCAAUACAACGUCUAUCCGCUCUAUGAUUUUUCGUGUCCCAUAGUUGACUCCGUGGAGGGGGUCACGCACGUGUUGAGGUCGUCCGAGUUCCACGACCGCGACGAGCAGUACGCGUGGAUUCUCCGCGCGCUGGGCUACCCGCCCCUCUCGAUAGUCGAUUUUUCUCGCCUGAACUUCACGUACCAGCUCUUGUCCAAGCGCAAGCUCCAGUGGUUCGUGGACUCCGGGCGAGUCGACGGGUGGGACGACCCGAGAUUUCCGACUCUCCGCGGCCUCCACCGACGAGGACUCACCGUCCAGGCGCUCAAGCAGUUCAUCCUCACCCAGGGGGCCAGCAAGAACAUAAACCUCAUGGACAUGAGCAAGGUUUGGGCCAUCAAUCGCGCCGUCAUCGACCCCAUCGUUCCCCGAUACACGGCCGUAGCGAAACAAGGUGCGGUCCCCUUCGUCCUCGCCGACGGCCCCGCGCGCCUCUCCGGACUCACCAGGCCCCUUCACAAGAAGAACCCCUCUCUCGGCUCGAAGGUCAUCCACUGCUACAAGCGCGUGUGGAUCGAGGCCGAAGACGCCGCCCUCCUCUCCCCCGGCGAAGAAGUCACCUUCAUGGAUUGGGGCAACGCCUUCGCCUCCACCAUCCUAAAGGACCAGGACGGCCGCGUCGUCGAAAUACAAGGCCACCUCAACCUGCUCGGAGACUUCAAAAAGACAAAGCGCAAACUCACCUGGCUCGCCGACCUCGCCGACCUCCUCGUCGACGUACAACUCGUAGAGUACGACCACCUCAUUUGCAAGCCCUCUCUCUCGGAGUCCGACAACUUCGAAGACUUCCUCAACCCCGUCACCAUCUACCGCACGCCCUGCUACGGCGACCCGAACCUCCGCACUCUCCAAAAAGGACAAUCCAUCCAACUCGAAAGAAGGGGGUACUUCAUAUGCGAGAAGCCACUCCUCAGCCACUCGGGCACGCUCAUCCUCAUAUCCAUCCCCGACGGGUCUCAGUCCGGACCCUCCAUCCUGUCCCAUAAAGUCCAACUCAAGACCAAAUAA